AUGCGAACUGGAUGGACACCGUUAUCUGUUGUUCUUGUUCCUGUGACCCGCAACGUGGGGUGCGUGGACGUCUCUAUAGGCUGGCACGAGUCCAGAAAACGAAUGAUAGUCAUUCAUUACAAUAUUUCUUGGGCCGACGUAUGCAAGGAAGCAUUUUACGAACAACUACUGAUUCUCGCCGACCGAGAGACAUGCCGGAAGCGGAGAGCAAUGAAAUAUUGGCUACUGCAGACUGUUGUCAGGGAUCCAUUCAGAGCAACGACACAUACCGACGUCAUCCUUCGCGCUCGCACCCUGGGUAAUGUCAUCCACAAUGUAUCGAUAAUGAACGCAGUCGGCACCUGUUACCUCCAAUUGUACAACUUUUGCCAGACAACCUCCCUAGUUUUCUUCACAGAUCCGUGGAAUCCCGACAGUUUGUACGAUACAACCAAGGAAAAUGCAGAUCUCGAUCUGUCGACGCUGGUGUUGUUAGAUAUAAAGGCCAAGAAGCAAAGUGAGGCGAACCUGGCUCGCUGUCAGAAUAUCUACGAACGACCUCGAUACAUGUCGAUACGACAGGCUGUCUCUCAACUUAUAGAGUCCGAGUCUCUAAGACGGACUGGGACGCUAUCUCCUGAUACAACAACACUUGUCAUCGCGCUUUCUUGCGUUGUCGGUGGAAGCGAUAAUAAGAGCAUUAUUUCCUGUACCUUGACCGGCCUCGUGAACCUUGCAGAAGAUGCAUUCGGAGAUCCUCUUCAUAACCUCGUCAUCGUCGACAAACAACUCUCACCUUCUCGAGGUCGAGUCUACGGAUGUGCAUUGGAUUAG